GUUCUUCCCAUGAUUCCUCAGUUCAAACUCAAACAACGCGUGAGGAAGGUGUAGACAACAGUUGACCUAAAGAAAUGGCGUCAGUAUCUGUCUCUACAGGUAACAAUUAUGCUGCGAAUGAACUUCUGUUGUAUGCUGCUGAGAAUGACUCACUUCAAGGCGUUAAAGCGGCUUUGAAAAAUGGUGCUGACAUUGACUUUGAGCCGCCGGACAGCGAGAUAUCAUACACUGGCACCGCAUUGUUCAUCGCUUCCAUGAGGGGACAUCUUGACAUUGUGAGACUGCUGCUCCGCAAGGGGGCGUCUUUGGUGAAGAGAACCGCGGGUGAAUUCACUCACCUUCAUGCAGCAGCGUCUGAAGGGAAGACAGAAGUGGUGGACUUGCUGGUGCAGCAUGGUGCAACAGUAGAUGUGCGUGACGGCCUCCAGAACACACCACUAAUGACUGCAUGUGGCAACAACCAUAUCGACACAGUUCGGCGACUGAUUGAGCUUGGCGCAAGGCCUGAUUUAACCGACGGUUACAUACCCAAGAGGUUGGGACUAGAAGAUGGACACUAUCCCUUUGCGUGUCGAGAGAGUAUCAAGCUGGUACAAGAGGCUAUGAAGUCCAAGCUGUUGAGAUGCUGCAACCCGAAGUGUGGCAAACCAGGCUACAGGAAAACCUUGAAGUUGUGUGGCCAAUGCAAGCUGACCCGCUACUGCAGCCGUGACUGUCAGAUACAACACUGGUCUGUCGGACACAAGAAGUGCUGUGGGCAUGACACGUGCUCUGGUGUACAACCAGAGACCUUAAAAAAACUAGCCACGGAACUGCCAGAUCACGUCCGAGAACAAGUAUACGCAAAUCUGUUUACCUAACUUUUUGGAUGAUUACUUUAACGGCGGUAUGGGAUGGUUUGUCAUUCCCAGAACUGUUAAGCAGACGAUGCCGCUACAUCCGGAUAUCCAUGAUUAUGUAUAACAAGUGGUAUGCAUUUGGCUACUCACUAUGGGUAUGAUGUAUGUAGAAAUAAUGUUGUGCCAAGUUUUGUCGUUUUUGGGCCAAAGGUCAUACGGUUUUAGUAGUCUUAGUAGACAAGUUGAAAUGUAACAUAGAAAGUUAAAUCUUAGCAAAGCCACCCCUCAGUUACUAUAUUCUCUUUUUUUCCGUUAUUAAAUCAGUGUGAUGUUACAAUUGUCAUUGUUAUAUUUUCAUUCUAAUGUGUUUUGCUUAAUAAUGUUCACCUAAUAAACUUUAACUGUUGAAUUGCGAUGUAAUUUGAAUGACCUGGCAGUGCAACGUUAAUAUGUAUGUGAAAAGACGAUGUUUUGCCUUGAGGUAGUAUUCCAGGUGAAUAAACACAACUAGAAAAACGGACGCACACUAUACUAUUAGGCUAGCCCCUGGGGCGUCGCCAAAAAAGGUGAACAAGUCUCUCAAUAAAUUGAAUGCUUCUUCCGA